UAUCGAACGUGUUAUCGAGCCGUUUGUUUACGCACGUGUUGUAUUUGAUUUAAUUUAAUUUUAAUUUGUAUUUAAACGCACAGAGAGCAGGUAGCAAAUGGACAGCGACGGUGACGACUACGUGAUGAGCGGCUCCGAGCAGGAGCACGAUGACGAGGAGCGCGAAAUACUCGAGGAUCUGCGCAAGCAGCGCAAAAAGCGACAUGAUCCCGUCCAGGAAGUGCUCGGCUUCAGUGAUGACGACGACGAGGAGGAGCAGGAGGAUGUGGCGGAACUGAUGCGCGACAGUGACAUCGAGGGCGCCGAGGACGAUGACCGCGAUCUGCCCAACACCAUGGACUGGGGCAGCAAACGGAGCACGUACUACAACACAGACUUUGUGGACCAGGACUACAGCAGCUACAAUGCCCAGGAGGAGGAGCAGGCACGCGCCGAGGAGGAGGAGGCCAAAAAGAUCCAGCUGCGCCUGGCCAAGCGCAUGAGCGAGGCCGAUUUCCAGCUGGACAAUGUACAAGCGGCGCCCGCGGGCAGCAGUGACGACAACGAGCUGGGCCAUAUUACCAAAGUGACCAGCGAUCUGGCCGGCCUGUCGGCACGCGAGCGACGACAGCUGUUGCACCGUGAGUCGCCGGAGUUCAUCAUUCUCACCCAGGAUUUUCAGCAGCAUCUGGACGAGAUGAAGGACCUAUUAAAACCGGUGCUCAACUACGUUCGCAAACACGAUGUGCCCAUGGUGCCGGCGCUGCAGUACGCCAGACUAUGCCACACCGUGCUCACCACCUACUGCUCCAAUGUGGCCUUCUAUCUGCUGCUCAAGGCGCGCCGCAUCGACGUCAAGGUCCAUCCGGUGAUUAAGCGGCUGGUGCAGCUGAAGGACCUGAUCGAGGAGCUCAAGCCGCGCUACGAGGAAUACAUUCGACCGCAGCUGGAGGCGCUGCUGGAGAGGAUUGAAGAUGGCGAUACAUUCACCGUGCUCGAUGUGGCACAGCGCAAGGCCAAGCUGCAGAUACUCAACAAGUACAACGAUGGGCAGCAGGCGUCAGCGAGCUCCGAUGAUGAUUAUGACGAUGCUGACAGUAAGGAGAAGGAUCUGGAAGAGGAGGCUGGGGAGGAGGAGGCGGAGGAGGAGGAGGAUGCGCGACGCGGCAUCACCUACCAGAUGGCCAAGAACAAGGGCCUCACGCCGCACCGCAAGAAGGAGCUGCGCAAUCCGCGCGUUAAGCAUCGCGGCAAAUACCGAAAGGCGCUCAUCCGGCGCAAGGGAGCCGUGCGCACGGUGCGCAAGGAGCUGCAGCGCUACGGCGGCGAGAUGUCCGGCAUCAAGGCCGGCGUCACGAAGAGCGUCAAGUUCCGCACCUAGUUGUCAUCCAAUAAAUCCGCCAGUUCAUUACUUUAA